AUGCUUUUCUCUAGGAUCAUAUCCUCCCCGCGAACUAUGUCCCCUUCGCAAAAGACUGGCAUGGCGCAGAAAGUCAGCAUCCCCCUCCUCUUGUUCUAUCUGACAGCUUGGUAUGUUCUGAAUGUUCAAUACAAUCUCUACAACAAGAAGAUUCUCAACGCCUAUGACUUUCCAUACACAACAGCACUGAUUCAGUUGGGCUCGGGAUUGCUGUACAUCAUUCCCAAGUAUGCCCUGGGCUUUGCCAAGUGGCCAUCGUUCUCCUCUUCGAACAUCUCCCUGCUCUCCUUCUUCCAUGGAGGAGGGCACUAUGCCACUGUCAUGUCUCUUGGUGCUGGCUCAGUCGCCUUUGCUAAUGUCGUGAAGGCCGGAGAGCCGCUGUGCUCUGUGUUGAUGGGAUUCCUGUUCAACGGAGCUAUUCCUGCUCUUAUGGAGCUCAUCGCCCUGCUUCCCAUCAUUGCCGGAGUGAUGAUUGCAUCCAUGGCUGAGCCGGAGUUCAGCAUGUUUGCGUUUGGAUGUGCCAUGUUGUCCAACUUCCUCUUCGCUGCUCGUGGAACUUACGCGAAGAUUUGCAUGGAGAAGGGCCCUAAGAUGAGCGGAGCUGAUUUGUUCGCCAUGAACACCAUCUUUGCUUUCGUCCUGAUGGCACCCAUCACCUUCGUCAUGGAGGGACAGUCCGCCAUCACUGGCUUCGAGCAGCUUACCACCGGCAAGGCUCCCUUGGACUACAUGGCCUUGAUCAAUGGAGAGCUUGAUGUCAAGAAGGGGAAGCCUUCUCCCUCGUACUUCAUCGCCUACCAGCUCGUCUGCGGUCUCUAUUAUUACUUUUACAACGAGAUGGCGUUCAUGGUCUUGGACCUCCUUGAUCCCGUCGGUCAGGCUGUUGGAAACACGGUGAAGAGGGUUGUCAUCAUCGUCGCCGGAACUAUUGUCUUCAACAAGCCCCUCACCACCAAUGGCAUCAUCGGAUCUUCCGUCGCCAUUGGAGGCGUCCUCCUCUAUUCUCUCGUCAAGUCUGGAGCCCUCAGCUCCAAGAAGAAGCAGAGUUGA